AUGUCCAAGAAAACAAAUGCUGAAGCACCUACCAGUGCUAGAAAGAGCCUUACUGAGCACAGGUACUUUGGAGACCCCUCGUAUACCACGAGGAUUCAGAGAAUCAUGGAGUCGUACACGGUGUUCCGCGAGUGCAUAAGAGAUGGAAACUGCCUGUACGUCUCCUAUGCUAUUGCUCUUGCAGACCUUGUGGCACUUGAAAAGGCACCUCUGCUGAGAGCCGUGACUGCUGCAUUUGAUAAAACAAACUCUAUUCUCCAUCUGUACAACAUUGACGAGCUUGGAUACAGUGGAUUCCAUGACUCGUUUAUUGAAGUCCUGGAGGACAUGGCCGGCGGAGUCAGGAGGAUCGAGGACAUCCAUCUGUAUUCGCUGUAUGACUGCGUUGCAUAUCUUAGGCUUGUCGUUUCGACAGAAAUAAAGUCGAAUCCGGACGAGUAUCAGCCAUACAUCCCGGAAAUCGACGUGGGUGCGUAUUGUACAAGGUUUGUGGAUCCCUUCUACCAGCAAGCAGGCUGUGUGGAAAUAUGUGCCCUCUCAAACAGCAUACCAAUAAGAAUCCAUGUUGUGGACGUCACCAAAGACAGUGAAGAUGUGUAUGGAAACCAUCCGCAGAAAAUCUCCAUCCUCUACACCCACGGGCAUUUUGAGCCUAUAUACUAG